ACCAUAGUGGCACUGAUACCCUUGUGGCACUGACAGCAUCGUGUCACCUACACCCUCUUGGCCUGUAGCAGCCACAAAUACCAGCAGGGUGAGAAAACAGUGCCAGGUAACUGAGUAGCCUCCCCUCACAGGAAAGGAUGAGCCCUCCUGCCCCCCCUGCUGCUGGCAGCACCCCCGCGGGCGGUGCAGGGCCUUGCUUUGACUGGCACGUCUCCCUGUCUAUCACACCAAGAGCCCUCCUCUUUAGGAGGGAUUUAAGGGGCUUUCUAUGGCUAUAGACCACAAGGACAAACAGCCCCCCCAAAGCCCAGAGCUCUGCUAUGAAGCCUCUCCUGGGGAGAAGAUGGAAGGAGAAAUGUUGGUCUCAAGCAGAUGAGCUGAGCUGAAGGCAUCGCUCCAGCCUUUCCACCCAGACAGGCACAGCAACCUGGAGCUGCAGGAGUGGAGAAGCUGAGCAGCCUUCCCGAGCUGCAUUCCGCAUCCUGCACCAGCUCCCUCUGCCUCGGCCACCUCUGCCUCUCCUGCACGAUUCAAGCCUUUUCCUUUGCAAGCUCGACUCCUGCCCAUCCUUGUCGAUAAAUGAGGGAGCAUAAUGCUGAACAGCAUUACCGAUGGGCUCCUGUGCUGCCUGAUGGGCAAGACAACCAACGCCGUGGGGCCGCUGGACAGCGUUGAGUCCAGCAAUGGCUACAGCUUCAUGGAGGUGAAACCGGGGAGGAUCCUGCGGGUGAGGCACAGCGCACCCCCCCGCUCGGGCCCGGAGGGCGCUGAGGAGCCGCAGCACCCGCGGGGUACAGUGCACUGCAAGCGCAGGAUCACCGUGUACCGCAACGGGCAGCUGGUGAUCGAGAACCUGGGCGAUGCCGUGCGCUCCGAGAUCCUGCACUGCCACAGCGGCUCCGGGGAGCCCAGCAGCACCGUGGAGCUGGAGCUGUCGGAUGCGACCGGGCCAGGUCCCACGCAGGGUCCUGCCAGCACCCCGGGAUGUGCCACGAGGGAAGCAGCCGCCGCCACCGGGAAGCGGAGGAAGCGGAAGCCCAAGAAAGUCAUCACCAUCGACUGCAAGAAGCAGAUCACGAGCUGCAAAGGGACCCACAGCGACGUGGUUCUGUUCUUCAUCCACGGCGUGGGGGGCUCGCUGGACAUCUGGAAGGAGCAGCUGGACUUCUUUGCCAAGCUGGGCUAUGAAGUGGUGGCUCCGGACCUGGCCGGCCACGGCUGCAGCUCCGCACCCCAGAUUGCCGCGGCGUACACCUUCUAUGCGCUGGCCGAGGACAUGAGGGCCGUGUUCAAGCGCUAUGCCAAGAAGAGGAACAUCUUGAUAGGACACUCAUAUGGGGUGUCCUUCUGCACCUUCCUUGCCCACGAGUACCCAGACCUGGUCCAUAAGGUGAUCAUGAUCAACGGAGGAGGCCCAACAGCACUGGAGCCCAGUCUCUGCUCCAUCUUCAACAUGCCCACCUGCGUGCUGCACUGCCUGUCCCCAUGCCUGGCCUGGAGCUUCCUCAAGGCUGGCUUUGCUCGCCAGGGUGCGAAAGAGAAGCAGCUGCUGAAGGAAGGCAAUGCCUUCAACGUGUCCUCCUUCGUGCUGCGCGCCAUGAUGAGCGGGCAGUACUGGCCCGAGGGGGACGAGGUUUACCACGCAGAGCUGGCUGUGCCUGUGCUCCUGGUCCAUGGCAUGCAUGACAAGUUUGUCCCCGUGGAGGAGGACCAGCGAAUGGCUGAGAUCCUGCUCAUUGCCUUCCUGAAGGUGAUCGACGAGGGCAGCCACAUGGUGAUGAUGGAGUGUCCCGAGACAGUAAACACGCUGCUCCACGAGUUCGUCCUGUGGGAGCCCGAGACAUCAGCAGGGGACGGGCAAGGGGAGAAGAAAUAAAGCAGCAGGACGUGGUGACCGGGCUGCUCCCAUGGGAGAGAUGUUUCGGAGCGAGCGGAGGCCCUCGCCGGGAGCUCAGCCCCUUUUCUUUCCCGGCCAUGGCGGAGGCUGGUGGUGGAGCACGGAGGCUCCCCUGGGCACAGGGCCGGCAGCAGGAUCACGGCAAGACCUGGUCCCCAUCCCUCUGGGGACAGCACGGCAGCCGCUGGAGCGACUUCAUCCUCUUACUUUGUAGUAUUCUUUUCCCCCGGGGACAGAGAGGAGGCAGCUGUGGGGAGGCUGCUCCCACUGCAGCGAAACGGGAAGAACUGGGAACGUUCCUCCAGGGAAAGGGCAUCAGCUCCGGCUGCAGGAGCUGAGCUGGGAUUGCUUUGAGGGGAAGCCAGAAGCUCCUUGGCCUUCAGGGGCUUAUUGCUAUAGU